UUUCGCGUAUUCAGUGUCCCCGCGUAGGCCCAUGGGGCUCAGACUGAAUUUGGCAAGAGGUAAGCCUGCUAUCAACAAAUCGCCAGCACCUACGAAGGCGACUGGAGUCGGCCCAGCUUUGCGCAAGCCAGCCGCCCACGAUGACGAAGCUCAAUCCGGGUCCAACCUGAAGGCGAUUAUGAAUAAGCCGUGGGCCGACAUGAGCAAGGCAGAGCAGGGCGGCGCGAUCCGGCAGAUGCGCAACCCGACCGCGGGGUGUUACAGGAGUUCCACAACAACAUGGUGGUCGAUGAGGAUGUGCCCGAUUGGUUCGAGACCCAGUGCAGGGGGGGGGACAUGAGCAAACGCCACAAGAAGGGCGCAGACACUGGCGAGCAGAAGAAGAUAUCAGGGCUAUGCGAGCUCUGGUUCUUGGCAACUCGUGACAAGAAGACGGGCAAUAUCAAGAAGGUCGCGGAUUGGGGCAGCGGGUGGAUCUGCAAGAGCGCCUACACCAUCAAGGAGACCGCUCACACAGAGAGGGGGAGCUCCUACACCUGGGGCCAGAUCAUCGGCAUGCACUUCGGGGAGAAGAACGCGAAGAAGGCCUUGAACAAGGGCGGCGCGGUCUGCGCGACGGUCGCGGGCGCCGACGGGAAGCAGCACAAGCGUUUCAAACUUACGACGUACCAAGGACUUAGUUGGAACCAAAUCAGCGCUGGGGAGAAAACAAAAAGAAAAACAACGACGG